AUGGAGAGGAAGAGGGAUGAUUUCAUGAAUUUCAUCAAUCAAGUACUUGCUCAUCAUGAUGAGUCAGAUAUUCAUGUGUUCGAAUUCUGCCUUUCCACUUCAAAUCACUAUAAUUUUCAGAUCAAGAAUGACUGGAUUGUGUUUGCUGUUCGGCACAAUGUUAAGAAGCUUGUCCUCUAUGGAAGCAUUGAUGAAGUCCAAAACCUUCCAGAUUGUUUAUUUGCUUGCAAGUCCCUUGUCAAACUGGAAUUGGCAUUAGUAGAUGAUGUUCUCGUGUGGCCUAGAAAGUUUGAACUUCCCAACCUCCGAAAACUAAGCCUCAAGUUUUUGGUACUGUCUGAGCUGGGCUUAAGACAAGAUCUUUACCCGAGUUUGCCGGCACUAGAAAAGCUGUCAAUUUUCUUUUGCAAUAUUGAUAGUUUUAAAGUUCUUUGUGUUUCUGCCGCCAGAUUAAAAACUUUUAUCAUGUGUAGCUGUCCAGGGAUGGAUGGAUGCUCCAUCAGCAUUCAAGCUCCAAAUCUCAUGCAGUUUAUAGAUACGGGUGGCGUUAGAAGAUGUUAUGAUUUCGACAUACCUCCACAUAGUUGA